CGCUGAGGAUGCAAAAGACUCAUGAAGCGUGUGUUCGGCGUUAGUUGUCUUGUCCUGCUGCGAACGAAGACGGUUUCAUGCGCCUGAACUCCCGGAUCAUUGCAGCCACCGUCAGCCUCACACCCGCAGGUCUCACAUUAGCGACAGAUCUGCCCCGCCGUUUCACUUUCAUCGCUCCUUGCCGAGGUCCGCUCAUCGCCCGUUGCCAGCCAUCAUCCGCAUCAACAAGCCUCUCUGCCGCGCACACACCAGCGACAGCAAGCAUUGCGACCAUGCCGGCUGAUUCUCAGAAGAUGCCUCUGUGGCACAUCUCUCAUCGUGGCGGAGCCGCUGAGGUAUGCCGGGUUGAAAGGGGAUGAUGUGCGAUGCGAAUGACGUGAUGUGGUGCAUCGCAUUGCAUUGCUGCUUUUCCAGGCGCCUGAAAACACCCUGGCGGCUUUCCAGUAUGCGGCCGACGAGUGCAAGACCAACAUGUUUGAACUCGAUGUGUGGCAGACCGCCGACAAGUCAGCAGACACACACCACCCUCUCACGUGCUCACGACCAGACAAGAGAUGAUCUCUGUGCUCGCUCUGUGUAGGCAGGUGGUGGUUGCGCACGACAACAACACUAUGCGGAUGACAGGCGUAGACUGCCUCAUCACAGCCACGAGGUUCAGCGACCUGCCCAAGACGCUGCCCACAGACCAGCUGGCACCGCCUGACGACCACGUCGAUGUGGUGGGAACCAUCAGUCACUCAUCUCAUUCCACAUAACACAGAGGCAGCUCUGAUGGACUGACUGCAUAUGUGUUGGUUGUAUGUGCAGAAGACAUUUGGCGGGUUUGCCCGUUCCUACCCCCCUCAGCCGUAUCUGCUGCUCGAGGACCUCUUCAAGAGGUGCGUGGGUGUGGUGUGCACUGCAUACGGAGGGAGGUUUGCUGAUCGGUGCGUGUGGUGCUUGCUCGUCAGCUUCCCCACCAUGCCGAUGCACAUCGAUGUCAAGGAGAAGGGCUCCAGGGAGACCGUCGUCAAGGUACCUGUCUGAACAGCCACGACACGAAGGCUGAUGGGGUCAUUGGAAUGUGUGUGUGUGCGUGUGUGCAGGUGAUUCAGCUGGUCCGCAAGUACCGCCGCGAGCACCUGACCUUCCUCUCCAGCUUCAAUGACGCCAACGUCAAGACUGUCAGGUCACUCGCGCCAGAGGUCAGGGCGCCGCGAAAGGGGGAACGACCAAUGUGUAUGUGCAUCGACCGCAUCAUCCACCACCCGUCCGUAUGUCUGUUUAUGUGUGUGUGCUUCGGUCAGGUGCCCGUGACAUCGCCUCCAUUGCGUCUGCUGCAGCUGAUGAUAUUCUACUGGAUCGGAUACCUUCCUUACUGCAACCUCCGGUCAGUCAGGCCGACAGACAGAGCCGCGAGGCUUCCUCCUUUCUCUGCACAUGCGUGUGUAUGUCUGUGUGUGAAUCAGGGAGAGCGCGAUAUCGAUCCCUCUGACGCGGCACUUCUUCGAGUGGGAGCGGAAGAAACUCUUCAACGCACUCCACAAGUAGCCAUCCGUCCAUCCAUCCAUCGGAUGAAUGACCGACGAUUCGUUGUCAGGCGCAUCGGUGUCUUUGUGGCCGGCAAGAUUGCCCAGUGGCUGACGGGCCUCGCGUACCGAGCCAUGAGACAGAAGAAGUUUAUACGCAUCCUCAAGGUACAUGUGUGCACAAACAGACUAUCAUCAAUCCAGUAGCCAUCCCAUCUCCUCUCUGUGUGCGUGUCUAUCAGCGCCGCGGCGUGCGUGUGAUAUACUGGGUGCUCAACUACGAUGAGGAUUUCCAGGAGGCCUUUGACCUGGGUGCUGACGGUGUCAUGACUGACAGGCCCGCCGCGCUGAGGAAAUACCUCGACAAACGGGGCUUGUAGCUCGUUGCAAACACGACGGCCAUCCACAACGCAGGGGGCCUUGUGACCACGUGUAUGUGGUUGGGGUGGGGACGCGUCGAUUGAUUUUUGUAGUGGCUGGCUGGCUGGCUGGCUCGUUGCGUGUGGUCGGUUGAUUCGCCGACAGACAGGGGGAUGGCCGCGUAUACGUAAGAGAGUGGCUCGAUGGAUGGAUGAAGGGUUUGCCUGCUGCCACUGAAAAGUGAGACCCAGCUGCCCCUGGGCCGUGUUUUUUCUGUCUGACGAUUUGGCCAGCACCAAGAGACAGCUCUGCAGAGGAGACACACGACGAACAAAGGAGCCGGGGAUUUCUUUCGACAGCUUUGCUCGCAGGCUGCGCAUGUGUCGCUUCAUUCACUGUGUGUGCAUGUGUCUCAGAGUGGUUGUUCCCCGAGAACGACGAGGCACGGAAGAAGAUGGCCUCUCUGUAGAGUGCUGAGUGGCGGAUAGGUAUUUGGCGGAUGCCCACAUAGAUUGUCGGAGAGUGUGUGUGUGCAUGUCUGAGGACGUGCUGAAUGUGUGUGAAGGGCAUUGAUUGAGAUGAAUGGGGAAGGUUGCCUCCCUCUCCCCCUUGCUGUCUGGCCGGGUGUCGGUAGUUUGUGCAGAUGGGGGCAGGGCACGCAGAUAGCUACGACCACAACCGUCCAUGUGAAUGGCCAUUGUGUUGUAUGUGUCGCUGCAUGCAUGUGUGUACGUCGACUUGAUUCACAUCCAUCAAUGCCAUGCUUGACG